AUGAGUGAAGGUGGAUUUAUACGUCGUGUACGCAGAACCAGAUCAAGAGCUGCCAGAAAAAGGGUAAAUUAUACGGAAGUUAGCGACACUGAAGAUCCUGCGCUAAAGGAAGAGAAAGAUGAUGCUCAAGUUGAAGUACCUGCAAAAUCUGAAUCCGAUGACGAAUAUAGGGAGGAUGAGAAGGUUGAUAUUAAAGAUGAGGCUGAAGAUCCAGAAAUCAUUGAUUUGUCAGACGAUGAGGAGUCCGACAAGUUGAAUGAUGAUGAUGACGAUGAACCACUGAAUAACAAGAGAAAGAGGACAACCAGAAAGAAAACCACCACCGUCACAAAGAAGAAAAAGAGGAGUAAUAAGCCAAAGGUUUCAUACUAUGAACGUAACACCCUAAAAUUGUACGAAAAUCAUCCCGAAUUGAAGCAAGUUUUCCCGGACUUGAAGAAUUCAUCACCCUAUGUAGCCAUAAGGGCACCUCAACCUGAAGGGAUGAGCAUUAAAUUAUUACCCUUUCAGUUAGAAGGUUUACAUUGGCUGAUCCAACAAGAAGAAGGUAUUUUUAAGGGUGGUGUCUUAGCUGAUGAAAUGGGUAUGGGUAAAACCAUCCAAACAAUUGCUCUUUUGAUGAACGAUUUAACCAAAAGGCCAUCUUUAGUUGUGGCCCCCACUGUUGCGUUGAUGCAAUGGAAAAAUGAAAUAAAUCAGCACACUGAUGGAAAAUUGAAAGUUUAUAUGUUUCAUGGAACUUCCAAAAAUAUUGACAUAAAGACACUAAGUGAAUAUGAUGUGGUUUUAACCACUUAUGCUGUCCUUGAAUCUGUCUUCAGAAAGCAGAAUUAUGGAUUUAAAAGGAAACAUGGAGUAGUAAAGGAACUUUCUGUUUUACAUAAUAUCGAGUUUUACAGGGUCAUUCUUGAUGAAGCACAUAACAUCAAAGAUAGACAAAGUAACACAGCUAGGGCAGUUAAUAAUUUGAAAACACAAAAGAGGUGGUGUCUUACUGGUACACCGUUGCAAAAUAGAAUUGGUGAAAUGUACUCAUUGAUCAGAUUUUUAAACAUAGAACCAUUCUCAAAAUAUUUCUGUACAAAAUGUGACUGUAACUCAAAAGAAUGGCAUUUUUCUGAUAAUAUGCACUGUGAUAGCUGUAAUCAUGUUUUAAUGCAGCAUACGAACUUCUUCAAUCAUUUCAUGUUGAAAAAUAUUCAAAAAUUUGGUGUUGAAGGUCCUGGGUUGGAAUCAUUUCAAAAUAUUCAAACACUUUUGAAAAAUAUCAUGUUGAGAAGAACCAAGGUUGAGAGAGCAGAUGAUUUAGGUCUACCUCCAAGAAUUGUGACUGUUAGACGUGACUUUUUUAACGAAGAGGAGAAAGAUCUUUACAGAAGUUUAUACUCGGAUUCUCAAAGAAAGUAUAAUUCAUAUGUGGAAGAAGGUGUGGUCCUUAAUAAUUAUGCCAAUAUUUUUUCACUUAUAACAAGAAUGAGACAGUUAGCUGAUCAUCCAGAUUUGGUUUUAAAAAGAUUCCAUGAUCAGGCAAAUGUGACAGGUGUUAUUGUCUGUCAAUUAUGUGACGAUGUGGCGGAGGAACCUAUCGCAUCUAAAUGUCAUCAUAAGUUUUGUAGGAUGUGUAUCAAGGAAUACAUUGAGUCAUUUAUGGAAAAUAAUGAUUCAAAACUUACGUGUCCUGUGUGUCAUAUUGGUUUGAGUAUUGAUUUGUCUCAACCCUCUUUAGAAAUUGAUUUGGAUUCAUUUAAGAAACAGAGUAUCGUUAGUCGAUUAAAUAUGAAGGGAACGUGGCAGUCGUCCACAAAAAUUGAAGCCCUGGUUGAAGAACUGUAUAAAUUAAGAAGUCCAGUUCGCACAAUUAAAUCGAUUGUCUUUUCUCAAUUCACAAGCAUGUUGGAUCUUGUUGAAUGGAGAUUGAAAAGAGCAGGCUUUCAAACAGUUAAACUUCAGGGGAGUAUGUCACCAACUCAGAGAGAUGAAACGAUCAAAUAUUUUAUGAAUAAUAUUGAAUGUGAAGUAUUUUUGGUUAGUUUGAAGGCAGGUGGUGUUGCGUUAAAUCUUUGUGAAGCAUCUCAGGUCUUUAUUUUGGACCCAUGGUGGAAUCCUAGUGUUGAAUGGCAGAGUGGAGAUAGAGUACACAGAAUUGGCCAAUUUAGACCUGUUAAGAUUACAAGAUUUUGUAUCGAAGACAGCAUUGAAUCCAGAAUUAUUGAGUUGCAAGAAAAGAAAGCAAAUAUGAUUCAUGCAACGAUAAACCAGGACGAAGCGGCAAUUGGAAGACUAACCCCAGCUGAUUUACAAUUUUUGUUCAAUAAUUGA